CUCCUCACCAUCGCCGGCCGCCAUAUUGAGUCGUCGCAAACGUUUCACUUACGCCGUUGUCGCGAGAGUGAUUUUUUUCCCGGAGAACAAAAGGAUUUCUCUCAGAUUUUAGUUGGACCGGGUUUUUUUUUAAUUAAGAGAGAUAAUGUCCGCCGUGAGGCAUCGUCGCGGGGAAGACCAGAUGGAUUAGACGAAUUCAGUCAGCUUUGUCAGCUAUUCUCAAGAUCUGACCUUGCUUAUCAGACUGAGAAGGGAACGUUGGUAUUGGAAGAGUUUUUAUCGCAAUAGCUUUGUACAAACUUCAAAGAACAAUCGCAUCUCCAGUUUUGGGCAAUUCUAGUCUCCUGUUGUAAAACGAUCAAAUAGUGGGAUGGACCGAAGGCAAUUUGGCGAAAAUUACUAUGGGAGGCAUUACCAAGGCAGCCCAUUCUUCAAUCCUGGUGGCCAGAAAUCUGCUGAAGAAGAGUUGGUAGCCCGGAGCAAAGAAUGGAUGAACAGACAAGAUAGAGACAGAGACCAGUGGAGGAGAUCUGUCGAUGAUUUUCUAGAUGAUAAAAGUAGCAGUAGGUAUCAUAAGAGUAGGGACAGGUCUCGAGAAAGGUCUAGGUCCAGGGAAAGGGGGGAAAGAAAAGAGAGAAAACGUUCUCGUGAAAGGAGUAGGGAGCGGGAAUCUUCGCGGCGAUGGUCACCGGAAGAUGAUGAAAGAGAUACAACAAAUACAAGAAGACGGCAUGAGAGGGGGGAGGUUGCCAGGAGGGGCAGUGAUGAUAGAAAGGAUAGGCAUGGGCAGGAGUGGUCCAAAUAUAGGGGGGAAGAAAAACCUGAAUCUUCAAAGGAAUCGUCAUCUUCAUCCAGGAGGCAUUCGAAGGAUGAAGAUGAAGAGAAGAAGUGGUCAAGUGAUGAUGACAUGAGUACAAGUGGAUUUGAGCGAAUGGAAGGGGAUUUUGAUAAACCGUACUCUGAUUUUUCUUUAAGACCCGAGGAUAGAUUCGUAUACAAAAAACAAGUUCCACAAAGGACAAUAAUUAUUAGAGGACUUGCUCAACACAUAACGGAACAAGAUAUACAAGAUGAUAUUACACUUUCUCAUUUGGUAUGCAAAGAUAUUAGAUUAGUUAGGAGGAAAGAUACAGGAACAUCAAGAGGUUUUGCUUUUGUUGAAUUUAGUACAGUUGGCGAUGCCAUUAAGUGGAUAGAAUUAAAACAAGGGGAGCUCAUGCUGAAAGAUCACUUUCGAGCUCUUCUGCAAUACAGUCUGCCAAAGGAUUAUUCUUUUGGUAGAGAGAAGUACAUGUCUGAUUGGUAUUGUAAAUGCCAAGCUCAUAAUUUUCGAAGAAGGAAUACCUGCUUCAAGUGUAAUUUGUCAAGAAGAGAAGUUGAAGUGGAAUUUGUCGAUACAAUAAGUUCAUAUCCUACAAAUACAGUCCUUCUAACAGGUUUAGAUGUGUCAACAACAGAAGAGAGUGUGCUCCAAUCUAUUAAGACACUAUCAUCUCUUCCAAUUAGAAGUGUACGGAUUGGAAGAGAUAUUGCAACAAAUACUUCAAGGGGUGUUUGCUACUUAGAAAUGAACAGUGUCGUUGAUGCCAUGUACCUUCACAAUGCUCUUCAAGCAUCAACACCUUCAAUAGAUGGAAGAACUGCACUUGUAUCAUAUGCAAAACUGGAUCCUGUAUCUAUGAAUUCAUCUGCUGCUAUUAGUGUACAAAUAGCUAAUGCAGCUGUAGCUGCAGCUCAGUGGAGUCACCAGAAGUCAGAUAGUCAACAAUAUCAACUUAGUGAUGUGCCUAGACUUGCGGAAUACAGUGCUGCUCUUUAUGCUACAACACCCCAAGAAAAGGCAUCAUAUUUAGCUUACUAUGAAGAAUAUUAUAGGAAACAAAUUACAGAAGGUGAAAACAUAUCACUCCCUGUAAACAGUUCAAGCGGUCUUGCCACAGCCCAAGCUGCAGUUGCAGCACACAAAAAGUCCAAAGAUAGUAGUAGUAAGCUGUCACCAUUAACAGAAGCACCAGAUGGCUCUGGUGAUAAGACUUAUCCAGCUCCAGAUGUCACAUCUUACCAAUAUGACAAAUCGUCAGGAUAUUAUUACGAUCCUCAUACCACACUUUAUUAUGAUGCAAAUUCACAAUACUACUAUAAUAAUAAACUUGGUAAAUUCCUCUAUUGGGAUGCCUCGAGGUGUACAUACUUGCCUUCACCUACAGAUAAGAGUCAGCCUCAAAACCAGUCAAAUAAUUCACCACAGGUUGAUGCUGCAAACAAGGAAGAAGAGAAAAAGAAUAAAGAAAAGGAGACUGAAAAAGACAAAGUUAAAGUAGCAAAGAGGAUUGCAAAAGACAUGGAAAGAUGGGCAAAAACAUUGAACCAAAAGAAAGAGAAUGCAAAGCAGAACAUUGUUCAAGCUCAGGCUGCCAUAACUAGCAUGAAAGCAGCAGGUGCUGCAGACAUAGGUUAUGCAGUACUUGAGAGAAAAGAUUUGGCAUUGCCCACACAGAAUGGGGCAGACCGUAGUUCCAAAAAUGAAAGCUUAGUUGCAGCAUACGGGCAAGGGAGUGACAGUGAAGAAGAGGCAGCAGAAGAAUCAGCAAAUGAAGAGAAAAUGCAUACAGAUUGGAUCAAGUUGGCUUGUUUGCUGUGCAAAAGGCAGUUUGCCAGCAAAGAUGCUCUUGUCAAACAUCAGCAGUUAUCGGACCUACACAAGCAAAAUCUUUCAGCUUGGUACAAGUCGAAGGGGUUGGACCCACAUGAUGCCCAGACAAGAAAUACACAAUAUCGAGACAGGGCAAGAGAGCGAAGGAUGAAAUACGGUGAGCCGGAUACACCACAGCCAAGCAAGCUGAAAGAGACUUACAUGAAAUCUAGGGAGGCAACAAUCAACUAUGAAGAGCCCACAAGAGCGGGCAUAGGGGCGGACAACUUAGGUAAUAAACUUUUACAAAAAAUGGGGUGGCAAGAGGGCAUGGGUUUAGGUAAAUCAAAUCAGGGAAGGACAUGUAUUAUUCAAGCAGAAAGGCGAUCUGCAUGCGCUGGCCUUGGAACCAAAAGUGUCGGGGUUACUCCGGGUCCUGGGGAAACGUAUAAAGAUUGUGUCAAAAAAAUGAUGCAAAUUAGAUAUUCGGAAAUCGAUGACCCAUCGUAGAAGUUUUUAUUUAAUAGGAAAAAUUUUUAUUUAAAAACAAUUCUUGGUUUUUAUUAUUUGAUUAAAUUUC